AUGACAAGAAAAGGCAGCACCAAGGUGAAGACAGGAUGCUUCACGUGCAACAAGCAGUUCUGGAACAUCCUCGUCUCCCAGGUCGGCCAGCAGGAACCAGCAGUGCGCCACGCCCUGGUGUGCAUAGGCUCUGUGUAUGAGGGACUGACCAACACCAACGCCAACUUCCUGACGGCAUCCCAAGAGACGUUUGCGAUCACUCAGUAUAACCUGGCGCUGAACAAGUUGAUUUCCGCGGGCAGUGACAAGAACAUGACCCUCCUCGUCUGCCUGCUCUUCAUUUGUAUAGAAACGCUGCGCGGAAACAAAGACAUGGCUAUCGAACAUUGUCGGCAUGGCAUUACGAUCUGCAAUAGCUUACCACAGGGGCUUUCGGGCUGGGCGAAGCGGGAACUCCAGCCGAUAUUCCUGCGCCUCGCCACGUUUCCGUAUUUGUUCGGCGUUGAGGCUGGGGACUUCCCAGAGCCUGUCGGCCUGAUCUCAGAUCCACUGGCCGUGGAUGUCACAGCCGAGGAGAGGACCACGACCUGGGACUGGCUGAUCAACCGGACGGUUCGACUGGUGCGACAGGGCCUCAGCCACCGUCAAGGUCUUUUGCGGCACUUGCCGACGCCGGACCACUUGUACGAUGAACAAAGGCGUAUCUCAGGAGUUCUGGUCGCGUGGCGAAAUUACUACAGGAGUACCAGGCUACAAGGUUCGCUUGGCCUUGAGGACAUGGCGUCGCACCUCUUUGACGAAACGAAAUGCAUCAUCGGCACGAUAUGGGCCUCGUGCUGCCUGAACAGCGACGAAACGAUCUACGACGAACACAUCAAGGACUUCGAGGAGCUUAUACAACUGUUCCAGCAGCUCGUUGACCUCAAAGCAGGAAAGUGGGCCGAAGGCGAAGUUCAUAUUCGAAAUGGGCGGGAGAGCUUCUUCAACGCGAGGAAUUGCUACAAUGUCGGCAUGCGCUGCAUUGAAAUCGAGCAUGGGAUUAGUCUCGAUCCCGCCCUCCCAGAUUUUCCCAACGAUGUCGAGGCACCGCUGCCGGCAGAUCAAUUUCGCAUCAGGAGUGCGGACAUUACGGACGAAGUGGACCUCCGCCUGGAUGAUGACGGUAAAGAAGUCGAGUACAGGAAGGUCUUCUUCUGGAUCCAGCCUGAAGCCAUUACUCCAGGCUUCUCGGAAUGGUUGAGGAUUUGGUCCUUUCCCGGCGUACGCAACACGUGGACGAGCGCGCCAAUGUCAGGUGCAACAGCGGCGAACGAGCGGAUUCUGCAAGCCAGCUCUGGUAUAAAUGAAUCAAUUUCAUUAUGA